AUGCGUAAUUCUUUGGUAGUAAAGCUCGCCUUGGCUUUGGCUUCCGCUUCAAUGGCUUCGGCGGGUAUUGGCUCAUCAUUAGCUGGUCCAGAAGCAGGUGGAGGAACGGGUGACCACUCUGACUAUAUCUAUUAUGGUGCUGAUGUUAACGGUGGCGGUCGUUCGAUGUUGAGAAAUGAUGCCGUUAUCGGUCAAGCAAUGGGUUGGGGUGUAAAAUUCACAUUCCAGAAGUUCAAUGACCAAGUUCGUACAAAGUACAAUCUCGCUGAUCCUAAUUCGUUCCGAAUUCCAAGCGUUGCAGAGUACGAUAACAAAGCUGAUUUCCCUCAAGGUACAAGCGUUAUGCUUAGCUGCUAUGAUAAUGAUUUGUUUAAUACUCAACAUGGACUCAAUCAACAAUGCGCAAAAGAUCCAAAAUGCAAACAUGACUAUAUCGUAGCUGCUUUGUGGGGAACGAUUGGUAGCAUGGACUUCCGUAAAGAUGGAAUUCUAUUGAACGCUUGCGUGCUUCUUGAGAUUGACACUGGCAACGGUUGUGGUUUCCCCAAUAGUCCUGCUUGUCAUCCAAGAGUGGUCAAAGAUCUUACACAAGAAACUAAUGCCGGAAGUGUUAGUGAAGGCAGUAUAGUCACUUUUGGUCCAGUAAGCAGUAUCCCACAAGUGACAUCUGCGCUUAAAGAUUGGGCAGCAAAGAACAAUCAGCAAGUUACAUUACCUGAUGGUUCCAUCACCGGCAAAAAGUGA